UUCAAUUCUGUCACAGAACUCAAAUCAACUACGGAGCUACAGUGAGAAGCAACAAAAUAAAUUCAGAAUAAAAAUGAAUUCCGAACAGCAGCAAUUGGUAGUGGUGCAGGAGGAGCACGAGGCGCCGCAUUCCGCUUGUUGCAACCGCAACGGUUGCCUUGUGAGCGAGCUAAAGAAAUUGGUCCUUUGGUGCGACUGGCGGCCCAGCCUUCUGGCUUUUGUUCUUCUACACAUAUUCAUCGAUUAUGCAGCCAUGAAAUCAGUGAUCUGUGCUGCGAUCCUGUUGGCCUUGGCAGUGCUAUCAAUCAGCAUGAUCUAUGGGCUAUAUUUGCGCAGCUGUGAAAUUUACGAAGGAGGUCCCAUUCAGGAAUACCCAAACAUUACGCUGUUUAUUUGCCCUCAGUGGAGCGACAGGGUGACCAACUUCCUCAACAACUUUCUGGCCAAAAUGCGAUUGAUUGCUAGUAUGGAGCAGCCCUUAGAGGCCUUCAAAUGGGUGAAUAUGUUCGUGACCGUAUUUAUUGUGGGAUCUUCAUUCGAUGGCGUUACUCUGGCUAAAAUCGGUCUGUGCUUGCUUUUCGGCAUACCCCCGAUCUACGUGUGGAACCAGCAGCAAAAAGAUCUUCAACUGGAAAAACUAAAACUGCUCGAAAAAUUCCAUAGAUGUGGGAAAGCUGUGGGAGAUUUGAACACCCAAGAGUCCUUUGUGCUGAACGAUACCCUGGUGUCCCUUGAGCAGAACAACACCGAAGAUUCGUUUGGGCUGAACGAUAACCAAGAGACCAUUUUGCUGAACGAUACCCUAAAUACCGAAGAGUCCUUUGGGCUGAACGAUAACCAAGAGACCAUUUUGCUGAACGAUACCCUAAAUACCGAAGAGUCCUUUGGGCUGAACGAUAACCAAGAGACCAUUGUGCUGAACGAUACCCUAGAGACCGAAGAGUCCUUUGGUCUGAACGACAACCAAGAGACCUACGAUAUUCAAGAGUCCUUUGAGCCGAAGAACAUCCAAGAGUCGACUGACCCGAAAAACACCACAGAGUCCUUGGACCCGAAGAACUGCCAAGAGUCCUUGGAGCCAAACGACACCAAAGAGUCCUUUGGGCUAAACCAGACCCAAGCGUCCAUUGAACUAAACUCCACUGAGUUCUUUGAUCCGAACACCACUGAGGAGUUCUUUGGGCCGAAGAACACCCACGAGUCCGUUGAGUCAAACAACGCCCAAGAUUAG